GUCUAAGUAGGCGAGCGUGAUCUCCUCGUCCGCGCUCCAGUGCGUUAUCGUCGAUGCUCUCUGAGAUUGUGAUGACAACCUGGAAGAUUCCAGUGUUCUCGCCCGUCCUCUCUGAGGUAUUGUCGGUACCAGGGGCGCCAAGUCAUGCUCUUACGUCAUAAGUGAGCCGUCGUAUGCUCAGAGUCCCAAUUUAUGCGGUCACGGUCAACGCUGUCUAUGGUGCCAGAGUCGAGGUUUAGAUCCGCCUCUAUCAGCGUCAUAGCGCGUCCUGGCCUAUCACGUAGACUUGACUUGUCUGAUGUCAGCACGGCGUUUUCUCAGGUCAAAUGUUGCAGAGUCCGGACACCGAUUUUCGUUGCCAGAUGCGUCUGAUUCGUCCUAUGUAUCUCACGGUAAUGAUGUCCCCUGUUCUAUGCGCGGUCUUCUCUCCUCACCACUGGAAUCUAUGCCAGUGACAGUGUCUCCCAAUCGCUACCGAUGCAUCAAAGAUGGCCGAGUCAGGCUCGGUCUCCUUGAGCUCGCCCAGUCGACUAUCAAUCCGGCUACGGUUAGUUCUACGCGAUCGGUUCCGAUCGUCUGUGUGCUGCUGGAUGACGUGUCGACAUCUGAGUCGUCAACUGCCACGGAUAUCGUGACUUGUUAUCUGCAUCUGUGGGAACCGGGUAGACGGUCCUGUCAGACUGACAGAGCCGGUGUCCGCGCCAUCGUGGCCGAGUCGGUCCAUUCGCUGUCUCCGCCGGUUUUCGUCCCCGGAAGUCAACGUACGUGA